AGGAAAUUUUACCUGGAGCAGUGAAACUGAAAAAUCGGCUUACCUGUUCCGUCCAAUUUUGACACAUACUGCUUGUUAACAUUAUAAAGAGCCACAAUAAUGUAAGAAACGACAAAAUUAUGGAUGUCUUUAUUUUACGUCUUUCGAUCUUAAUGCUGAUGACUUGGACGAGUCUAGGUUUACCAGAUAAAGACAACACAAAACCAGGUCAUGUAGUUCUUCAUCCUCCUAGCAAUUUAAGCACUUUUUACAUUGGAGAUGGGGAUGUGUAUUUCUAUUGGAACCCUCCACAGAAUUACCACACUCACCAGCCCGGAAACCUUACAAAGGCCCAGGUGUACAAGAUCCGCAACAAAGACCACAUUCACUUCUCCGAUUCAGGUUCAUGGAUUGAAAAAGGAAGUGAAACAGAAAGGGAUCAAGACUGGAUUUUUAGAUUAUUUUCUAUUUCUGGCAUUUCUGCUAAAAGCCAUCAAAGAGAAUUAAAAAACUCACAGAAAAUACAGAAGACCAAUCAGUCAAUAGAGGACCAUAUUGAUCAAGCAAACUUAACAAGUGAACAGGUGGAAAAAUACAAGCAAUAUCUGAAGAGCAAAAAUAUCUCAAAUAUUCCAGACUGGUUUCAGAAAACUACUGUACCAAAGGAGCAUGCAGGAAUAUUAUGGUAUACCAUUUUCUGGCAAGAAAUGGAUAAUGGAACAGAAAUUGGUGAGGCACAGAAUUACAGCGUGAAGCCAGAUAAACUAGCAUACCACAUCAAAGGCCUGAAAGCUGAGACAGACUACAGAAUCAAUGUCCAGGUCAUGUAUUACUCCUUCACUUCCCUCAAAAGUGAGGAUCUCUUCAUAAAAACAAACAGAAACUAUUCCCUGAUACAUGAGGAGGAUUACAGGAAUAUAUAUGACUAUUGUCGCUGUGAUACAAUGGGAACUAAGAAUGGCACAUCCAAGUGUAAAAUACAUCAGUACGGACAGCUGACUCUGUCUCUCUGUGAAUGCAGGGAGGGUUACUCUGGAAUGUAUUGUCACCUCUGUAGACCUGGCUAUUACCGUCUGGGACCCAACAUGCCAUGUUUCAAGUGUCCCUGUGUCCCAGAAAAAUCAGAUGGCCAUUGUCAUUUUGAGGAGGGGUACCUGUUUUGUGACACCUGUAAGGAGGGUUAUGGAGGAAAUCUGUGCCAGGCAUGUGCUGCAGGUUACUAUAGGCCUCAGAUGAGCACAAAGUGCACAAAAUGCAACUGCCAUGGAAAUGCACUGUUCUGUCAAGAUCUUACAGGAGAAUGCAUUGCUUGUAUGAACCACACAGCAGGGUUCAAUUGUCACAGGUGUGAGCAUGGAUAUGUUGGUAAUGCACAGAGUUAUAGACACCCAAAGUGUGUUAAUCCAGCAGAAGUUAAAAUGCAGGAGAAAAAAAGUUCCGUGAGUUCUGGAGUGAUUGCUGGAAUCUGUGUGGCAAUCAUCAUCUUUAUUGGUGUCAUCACUGGUAUCGUCAUCUAUAAACGAUGCUGGAUUUACCCAGUAGCACGGCCGUUCUGGACAGUAGAGCUAAAAGAUGAUCAUGAAGGCAUCAACUUCAGCAGCGUUCCUGAAGAUGAGCUGGUGGCCAUCACAGCCCGAGAGGAGGAGGAAUUUUACCGAGGCCAGGGUGUGAAGACAAGUAAAUCACGCUCACAGCCAUACUCACAACUCAGAGAGGACAUCUGAUUACCUUAGAGGACAUAUUAGAGGACGUCAAAUAAUAUUACAAUAGAGGACGUCAAAUAAUAUUACAAUAGAGGACGUCUGAUUGGCUCAAAGGACAUAUUAGAGGACCUCAAAUAAUAUUACAUUAGAGGACAUCUGACAUUGCAAGAACUAAAAAGCUAGGGAAUUUCAGUGGCUAUAGAGGAAGAAAGCUUACUCUUGUUUAUUUUCCCUCAUGGGAAAUAUUUAUAAACUUUGUGAUGAAGCUAGUUCAAUGAUUUUUUUUUUUGAAAAAUUACUUGUAUGUACAUGUAUUUCCCAGGCAAGUGUAUAAAGGCACAGUUUAAUACAAUGUCAAGCUGCAAGUUUCUUUUUCCACAAAACAUAUAGCCACUUUAUAUACUUUUGUGCUUAAAACAUAGUUGUAGAGUCAAUUAAUACCUGAUUUUAUAAAUGUUAUCACUGUGCCUUUCAGGACUUGGCUUUUUAAGAAAUAUUUAAUAUCAAUAUUAAGAAUAUAAGAAUUGAAUGUAGAUCUCGGUAGUCAUUAGUAUUGCUUACUGUUGCUGCCUUUAUGAAUGUGUCUUUACACUGCUGUGAGUUCACAAAGAUCUGAUUUUUAGUUUAAAAUCAGAUAGAAAUAAACUAAUUUACUGUGUUAGUGUUAGAUACAUGUAUCUGAGUUGUAUUCAUAAGGUUCUUGGGUUAAAACUUGACAUACUAACAUGGAACUAAAAUUCCUAACAUGGAACUUUUCCGUAAGUAUAACAAUUUAUUAUGAGAAAACUGAAGUUAAAUGGUUAAAUGCUAUUAAAGGAAAUUCUGUAUACCAUACAGGGAAAAAAGAUGAGCUAGAGCAUUAUUUAUGUUAUAAAUUGUAAUAUAAAGGAAAUAGUGAUAUAUAUCUAUAUAUAUCUCGGGUUAUCUCUCUUAUCAGAAGACCCAAUGUAAUGUGACAGCAGUUAAAAGAUGUGAUGAUUCUGAGACUUAUUCAAAUGAUGAUGAUUAAAUGUAUUUCUUGUAUCCCAAUUUUUAAACAUGGUAUGAGGGACUUUAUACCUUUGCAUGGCUAUAAUCCAUGGAUAUAUUCAUAUAUUGCAGCAAAUUUACAGGGUAUCUGUGUUUUAAGUGCUUGUUUGAUGCAAUUGAUUAUUGCUAUUCUUGAAAUUGUUGAUUGUUUUUUUCCAUUUAUAAACCAUCUAUAAAUAAAGAAAAAUCAAAAAUGAAAAUCAA